CUCACAACAUGGUGUCCUCAACAAUGGGUUCCGAAAUCGAAAUUACUCCAGCAAGGGCAAUAACCCAUCAACCCUGCGCCGCUUGUAGGAUGCUCCGCAGGCGAUGCGACGUUAAUUGCAUUCUCGCCCCGUAUUUUCCCGGCGAUGAGCCGGAGAAAUUUGCUGUGGUGCACAAGGUUUUCGGUGCUAGCAACGUUAUCAAAAUGAUUCAGAUGGUGGAGGAAAGGAACAGGGAGGAUGCGGCGAAAGCGCUGGUGUACGAGGCGAAAGCGAGGAUGAGAGACCCUGUUUACGGCAGCACGGGGACCAUUUUUCAACUGCAGAAGAUGGUGCAACAACUUAAAGUGCAGCUUGAAUCCACGAAUGCUCGAGUAUUGGAAUUGCAGCAGCAAAAAGAUCAGUUGCUCAGUAUCUUUCUAGAUGUUGAUCUGCAUUCUCUCGUCGAUUAUGGCGGUAGUUUUUCAUUGGAUUGUGAAGAUUCCAUGGCCUAUGAUCCCUCCAAAUUCCCCGUUGUAUGA